AUGGCCCCCCCAAUAAACAUGUCUUUAACCAAAGACCCUCAGGACUGGACGGUCGACGAGGUUGUUGCAUUUCUCUGCCAUGACAAGCCUGGGGACUGGUCGUACAAUCUGGCUUCCCCAGAUCUCGUGGCUCUGGAGACCUCUCUCCGAGAAAAUUCCAUCUCAGGCGUAAGUUUUCUCGAGAUCACAGACUAUUAUGUGAAAGAGCUAGGCGUGAAAGCUAUUGCGCAACGCCAAUACGUCCUGAAAGCCAGUCAAUGGUUGCAGCGACGAUCGACGAAGUUCCAAUUGGAGCAACAGCAUCCCCCCCCCAAAGUACUUCUCGAGGAACAGCAACUUUCACCAGAACGCGUCGAUGAUCCUAUUAACGUCACCCCGAUUCUUGAGGCUCCCAUCGACACCAUCACCUCUCUUGAUGUGCCAGUCAACCCCAGCCCUCUUCCUGAUGGACACUCACCGGCCAAAACAGGGGAGAAGAGAUCUCGCCGGGUGGAGACCACUGUCGUGGAACGACCACCCACAUCUUCUCUCCAGGAGACACGCCCACCCCACGAACUACCUGAUCAGGAUUCCACAGUUAGGCAAGAAGAUUUCUUUGAUUAUCUUACCAAGGCUUACCCCCCAGAUGAUGCGGAUAUCCUUCCAGUUUUGGGAGAAUCCAGCUCCGAGGGUGAAUACGAUACGGACAUUCGCGAGGAAACGGAAGAGGAUGAGGGUCAACCCCGCCCGGCUACUCCCCUGGAUGAUUCUGGGUAUCUGGGAGAUGCCGAAUGCAAUGAAAUCGUCGAUGAAUACAUUAACGCACGGAAAACCCAUUUCGACGAGAUUAGGCUGCUGAAAGAGUUACCGAGAGGAUUUCAAAUUUGGACCAAAGGUCAAAAGCUUCCAAGCAUGAAAAGCCGAAUUUCGACACAUCUCGCCCACCUGGAGAAACGUUGUCAAGCCCUCCGCAAAGCACUCGCUGAGGCGCAGCAUUCAUCCCGUUUGUCUUUACUCCAAGCAUGUGCAUGCCUCGACGCCACUGUCGUUGAUAUUCUCUUGGAUAAAUGGAAGCUUUAUGUUCUCGAGCAACCUACACCGCCGCCAAAAGUUCCUCCUCCCCCACGCACCCCACGAGCAGCGAAGCCCGAUGUGAAUUCAGACGGCGAGGAGACUUUGAAUUCGGAUUCAGACUCAGUGCAUGAAACCGGAGAAGAAGCGGAAGACGAAUCAUCAGAACAAUCGGAAGAUAGCCUCGAUCUUGCCUUUAUUUCUGAUCCCGAAGAGGACGAUGUUGCACAGGAUCAAGAGGAGCCACAUUCUCGCGCAGUUUAUCAAGGUGGACCAUUCCGCGACUCCUCUUCAGACGAGGACUUGAGCCAUCUUUUCUACAAAGAAGAGAAAUACGAGCCCCCGGCCGCCAAGAGGCGCCGCCUGGAGAGAGACAGCGUCCACCAAGAUAAUUCAACUCCACCACUGAAUAUACCACUGAUACCAAUGACAACUCUGCCGUUUGACCGGGACGUGGCAUUGCCUUCGAAGGAGCGUGAAGCAGAGGGUCAGAUGGAGACCUAUCCUAUCAACCUGGCGCGCCGCCAGACACUUGAACCAGUGGUUUCGGCGAGUGACAACAGCAGUGAAACCGAUGAUUCUGUGCGUGUUUUUGACGACGUUUAUUCUAUGACGUGGAAAGCUAUCGAGGAGAGUGGAAAUCGCUAUCACCUGGUAGCAAAAGCCCUCGGAGGUCUGUCGGACAAUCGAAUCAACCAACUUUCUGAUUUUCUCGGGUCUUAUAUGUCCUUCUCUUAUCAAGAAUUUACGCGAGACGCCCUGAAACACAUGUCUGACGACUCACCGGUAAUGGAGGGAUGGGAUCCCGAAGAGGGCCAUUCUGCAAUGUUGAUGACCGCCUUGUUCGUGUCGUGGAUCAAUGUUAUCCAAGUACCUCUUGGUGCCUUUAAAACAAAGGAAGUCAAGAGAGCGCUUGCAGCAACCAAAUAUGACCUUGAUGAAGAUCAAUUCUCACCAUUCUUCGAAUGCUUGAAUGAUCUUCUCAAGAGAUACAAAAAAUGGUUGACUUUGUCAUCUCGUGUUCAACCUCAAGAAAAGGAACUCACCCAGCACCAGUGGCCCAGACCCAAGAGAGCUGCAGUCUCGAUGCCUCUUAAUCGGGCUCAAAAGGAUGGUCAGCAACGACAAGCAGAUCAAGAUGAGGCCAAACGGGCCUUCCGAUCCCGAGUUGACUAUGAACAAAUACCUGCAAAGCCAGUUUCGUUCGGGAAUCCUGUUAUUCACCUUGAUCCAUAUAUCGGCAGCCGGAUCCAGCCACAUCAGCUUCAUGGGGUUCAGUUCAUGUUCCGGGAAAUUGUCGAGAACAACCGACCCGAAGGGUGCUUGUUAGCCCACACUAUGGGGCUGGGCAAGACCAUGCAAGUGAUAUCAUUUCUAGUCACCAUUUCCGCUGCCGGGGCAUCGCAAGAUCCGGCCAUUCGACACCAAAUCCCCCAUGAAUUGCGACAGCUCAAAACUCUAAUACUGUGUCCAGCAUCGCUCAUUCAGAAUUGGUGCAGAGAAUUUACAAUCUGGUCCCCUGAUAGCCACAGUCUCGGAAAGGUCCGCCCCAUUAUGGCAAAAUCUUCGACCACCGGCCCUGACCGAACUGGAGAGAUUUGUGCUUGGAAUGACGAAGGUGGUGUACUGAUCAUCAGUUACGAAAUGUUCCGCAACCUCGCUGGGAACAAUGCGGGUCAGAACGAGGACCUGGAAAAACAAUCGACCAAUGAAUCUGUGAAGAGUUGGUUGCUGGAAAGCCCAAAUCUUGUUGUGGCCGACGAAGCUCAGGUGUUACGCAACAACACAACUAAGAUUGCUCAGACAACCUGCCGCAUCCGCACCCGGAAACGGAUUGCCUUGUCAGGGACUCCGCUGUCCAAUGGCUUGAAAGACUACUAUUGGAUGGUUGAUUGGAUUGCUCCUGGUUACCUGGGAACCUUUGCUGAUUUCAGCGAAACUUUUAUCACGCCAAUCGAAAACGGCUCGCAUGUUGAAAGUACCUGGCUUGACCGAAGAAUGGCACUCCAGCGCCAGGAGAUGUUCCUUAGGAUUAUUGACCCAAAGGUACAGCGAGCGGACAUGUCCGUACUGACAAACAAACUGCCACCCAAAUACGAGUUCUCCGUUUACUUCGAGCUGACAAGCUUGCAAAAAGCUGCGUACAACCUCGUCAUUGAAGGUGUACCACUAGGCAAGACUGCGAACGUGAGCUCGAAGCUUCUGUCUUGGCUGUCCCCUAUUAAGCUCUGCUGCAAUCAUCCAGCUCUUCUUAAGGAAAACCUGGCAAUUCGAGCAACCAAAAGCACACCUAGCAAACAAAGAAGCCCUAGCGUUGAUGAUCAUGGUCUUAAUGCCGGCUUCGACGUGACCACCGAAGAGGUAACCCUUCCACGGUCGACGGUGUCUGAACUGGAUGAUCUGUUCAGCAAGGUUCCUAACUUGCUGGAUCCUAGCCUAUCUAGUCGAGUGGCGAUCCUCGAUGCGAUUGUCAACCAGGCAAUUGCAGUUGGGGAUAAGGUCCUGGUCUUUUCAUCCAGUAUUCCAACGUUGAACUAUCUGGCGCAAUUGAUGGAAAGAACGCAAAGGAAGUAUUAUCUACUUCACGGUACAGUGGCCACAGCCGAGCGUUUUGAGAUAAUUCGCAAAUUCAACAAGGAUCAGUCCAUUCAUGUUUUUCUGGUCUCAACUAAAGCUGGUGGUAUCGGUUUGAAUAUCCACGCAGCGAAUCGAGUUGUCAUUUUCGACUUCCUCUUUAACCCCACCUGUGAGGAGCAAGCAGUCGGACGUGCCCAUCGUAUUGGCCAGACAAAGCCGGUUUUUGUAUACCGACUUAUUGCUGGCGGAACGAUUGAGGAGAAAAUGUAUGGCAAGACUGUGUUCAAGAGCCAGCUUGCGGGCCGAUUGCUUGAUGACAAGCAUAUCGCUCGGAUGGGGUCGAAAGCUGAGGAUAAAUAUCUGGUCCCCUGGGAAGAGAGUACCCAGAAAGGUGGAAUUGAUGAACUCGCAUCUGAUAAGGAUGCAGAGAUGAUGGAAAGACUCAAGUCUGAAUGCGCUGAGUCUAUACUCAGCAUCAAGCUUUGCGGCGAGGAGCUUGAUCCUGAAGACAUGUUGACAGUUGAAGAACAACAAUCUGUGGAAGACGCGUUGGAACUUAGACGCUCCAAAAUGUCUUUCGAAUCUUGA